GGGCGGGGCUCGGUCGCCAGAGUAACCGCGCUUUGGUGUUGGUAGUAGUGUCUUCCUGUUGCAACGAUACCUAGUUUCUUGUGCUGAGACCCGAGACUAUGAAUCAUAGUGAAAGAUACGUUUUCAUUGUAGAGUGGUAUGAUCCAAAUGCUUCGCUUUUUCGACGAUAUGAGCUUUUAUUUUACCCAGAAGAUGGAUCUGUUGAAAUGCAUGAUGUAAAGAAUCAUCGCACCUUUUUAAAACGGACCAAAUAUGAUGGCCUUCACUUGGAAGAUUUAUUUAUAGGCAAUAAAGUGAAUGUCUUUUCCCGACAACUGGUGCUAGUUGACUACGGGGAUCAAUAUACUGCUCGCCAACUGGGCAGUAGGAAAGAAAAAACAUUAGCCCUGAUUAAACCAGAUGCAAUAUCAAAAGCUGCAGAAAUAAUUGAAAUAAUAAACAAAGCUGGAUUUACUAUAACCAAACUCAAAAUGAUGACGCUUUCAAGGAAAGAAGCAACAGAUUUCCAUGCAGACCAUCAGUUAAAGCACUUUUUAAAUGAAUUGAUCCAAUUUAUUUCAAGUGGUCCUGUUAUUGCUAUGGAGAUUUUAAGAGAUGAUGCUAUAUGUGAAUGGAAGAGACUUCUUGGACCUGCAAACUCUGGACUGGCACGUGUAGAUGCUCCUGGAAGCAUCAGAGCCCUCUAUGGAACAGAUGGCAUACGAAAUGCCGCUCACGGUCCUGAUUCUUUCGCUUGUGCUGCCAGGGAAAUGGAGUUAUUUUUUCCUUCGAGUGGAGUUUGUGGGCCAGCGAACACUGCUAAGUUUACCAAUUGUACCUGUUGUAUUAUUAAGCCCCAUGCUAUCAGUGAAGGUCUGCUGGGGAAGAUCCUGAUGGCUAUCCGAGAUGCAGGAUUUGAAAUUUCAGCUAUGCAGAUGUUUAACAUGGAUCGUGUUAAUGUUGAAGAGUUUUAUGAAGUUUAUAAAGGAGUGGUAUCUGAGUAUAAUGACAUGGUGACAGAAAUGUUUUCUGGUCCUUGUGUAGCACUGGAGAUUAUUCAAAAUAAUCCUACAAAGACAUUUCGAGAAUUCUGUGGUCCUGCUGAUCCUGAAAUUGCCCGACAUUUGCGCCCUGGGACCCUCAGAGCAAUCUUUGGUAAAACUAAGAUCCAGAAUGCUGUUCACUGUACUGAUCUGCCAGAGGACGGUAUACUAGAGGUUCAGUAUUUCUUCAAGAUCUUGGAUAACUAGCAGUACAGAAAGUAAAAAAGUCACAAAUUGGGGCAAUGAGACAAAAGUGAAUCACACACAUGAAGAAUGUGUUCAUUCAUUUAUUGUCCGUUGUUUUAACCUGACUGAAUACAAGAUCAACAAGAGCACUGUACUCCUGGCAAUUAUUACAUAUGUUAGAACAUGGAUUUUGCACUGUAGACAACAUUUAACACCAGUCUAUGGGGUACUGCAUUGCUUUUUAUAAAGUCCAAAAUAAAGAUUUAUUUUCAAA